AUGGCGGAGUCUUCAGACAAGCUCUAUCGGGUCCAGUACGCCAAGAGCGGGCGCGCGUCUUGCAAGAAAUGCAAGGAGAGCAUCCCCAAGGACUCGAUCCGGAUGGCCUUCAUGGUGCAGUCGCCCAUGUUCGAUGGGAAAAUCCCACACUGGCACCACCUUUCCUGCUUCUGGAAGGUCGGCCACUCCAUCUGGCACCCUGAUGUUGAAGUGGAGGGGUUCUCCGAGCUCCGCUGGGAUGACCAGCAGAAGAUCAAGAAGAUGGCCGAGACUGGAGGAGCAACAGAUGUUUCAGGCAAAGGCCAGGAUGGAGUUGGCAGCAAGAUGGAGAAGACGCUGAUUGACUUUGGGGCAGGGUACGCCAAGUCCAACAGGAGCACGUGCAAGAGCUGCAUGGAGAAGAUAGAAAAGGGCCAGGUGCGCCUGUCCAAGAAGGUGGUAUACCCUGAUAAGCCCCAGCUGGGCAUGGUUGACUGCUGGUACCACCCAAACUGCUUUGUUCAGAAACGGGAGGAGCUGGGCUUCCGUCCCGAGUUCAGCGCAAGCCAGCUCAUGGGCUUCAGCGUCCUCACCGCAGAGGACCAAGAAACCCUCAAGAAGCAGCUCCCGGCCAUCAAGGGUGAAAGAAAGAGAAAAGGCGAUGAGGUGGAUGGAAUAGAUGAAGUGGCCAAGAAGAAAUCUAAAAAAGAAAAAGACAAGGAGAUUAAACUUGAAAAGGCCCUCAAGGCCCAGAAUGACCUGAUCUGGAACGUCAAGGACGAGCUAAAGAAAGCGAGCUCGACGAACGACCUGAAAGAGCUGCUCAUCUUCAACAAGCAGGAAGUGCCCUCCGGGGAGUCGGCGAUCUUGGACCGCGUGGCCGAGGGUAUGGUGUUUGGCGCCCUCCUUCCCUGCGAGGAAUGCUGGGGCCAGCUGGUCUUCAAGGGCGACGCCUAUUACUGUACCGGGGACGUGACUGCCUGGACCAAGUGUAUGGUUAAGACACAGACGCCCAACCGGAAGGAGUGGGUGACCCCAAAGGAAUUCCGAGAAAUCUCUUAUCUCAAGAAACUGAAGAUCAAAAAGCAGGACCGUAUAUUCCCCCCAGAAAGCAGCGCCCCGGUGGGGGCAGCACCCCCACCCUCCGCAGCUUCAGCGCCUGCCGCUGUGCCCUCAGGCCCCCCAGACAAGCCAUUAUCCAACAUGAAGAUCCUGACUCUUGGGAAACUCUCCCAGAACAAGGAUGAAGUGAAGGCCACGAUCGAGAAACUUGGGGGGAAAUUGACAGGGACGGCCAACAAGGCCUCCCUGUGUAUCAGCACCAAAAAGGAGGUGGACAAGAUGAAUAAAAAGAUGGAGGAAGUAAAAGAAGCCAACGUCCGUGUCGUGUCUGAGGACUUCCUCCAGGACAUCUCUGCCUCCACCAAGAGCCUUCAGGAGUUGCUCUCCACCCACCUCUUGUCCCCCUGGGGAGCUGAGGUGAAGGUGGAGCCUGUUGAAGCAGUGGCCCCAAGGGGGAAGUCGGGGACCGCGCCCUCCAAGAAAAGCAAGGGACCUGUCAAGGAGGAAGGUACCAACAAAUCUGAAAAGAGGAUGAAAUUAACUCUUAAAGGAGGAGCAGCCGUCGACCCUGAUUCAGGUCUGGAACACAACGCGCACGUCCUCGAGAAAGGUGGGAAGGUCUUCAGUGCCACCCUCGGGCUCGUGGACAUCGUCAAAGGGACCAACUCCUAUUACAAGCUGCAGCUCCUGGAGGAUGACAAAGAGAGCAGGUACUGGAUAUUCAGGUCCUGGGGCCGUGUGGGCACGGUGAUUGGUAGUAACAAACUGGAGCAGAUGCCAUCCAAGGAGGAUGCCAUUGAGCAUUUUAUGAAAUUAUAUGAAGAGAAAACCGGAAAUGCCUGGCACUCUAAAAACUUUACGAAGCAUCCCAAAAAGUUCUACCCUCUGGAGAUUGACUAUGGCCAGGAUGAAGAGGCAGUGAAGAAGUUGACGGUAAACCCUGGCACCAAGUCCAAGCUCCCCAAGCCAGUGCAGAACCUCAUUAAGAUGAUCUUUGAUGUAGAAAGUAUGAAGAAAGCCAUGGUGGAGUAUGAGAUUGACCUUCAGAAGAUGCCCUUGGGGAAGCUGAGCAAAAGGCAAAUCCAGGCUGCAUACUCCAUCCUCAGUGAGGUCCAGCAGGCAUUGUCCCAGGGCAGCAGUGACUCUCACAUCCUGGAUCUCUCCAACCGCUUCUACACCCUGAUCCCCCACGACUUCGGGAUGAAGAAGCCACCGCUCCUGAACAACGCAAACAGCGUGCAGGCCAAGGUGGAAAUGCUAGACAACCUGCUGGACAUUGAGGUGGCCUACAGUCUACUCAGAGGUGGUUCUGAUGACAGCAGCAAGGACCCCAUUGAUGUCAACUAUGAGAAGCUAAAAACUGACAUUAAGGUUGUGGACAAAGAUUCCAAAGAAGCCGAGAUCAUUAGGAAGUAUGUGAAGAACACUCAUGCGACCACACACAAUGCAUACGACUUAGAAGUCAUCGACAUCUUCAAAAUAGAGCGUGAAGGGGAGGGCCAGCGUUACAAGCCGUUUAAGCAGCUGCGUAACCGGAGGCUGCUGUGGCACGGGUCCAGGACCACCAACAUCGCGGGCAUCCUGUCCCAGGGUCUCCGGAUAGCCCCACCUGAAGCGCCUGUGACGGGCUACAUGUUUGGUAAGGGGAUCUAUUUCGCCAACAUGGUCUCCAAGAGUGCCAACUACUGCCACACGUCCCAGGGAGACCCAAUAGGCUUGAUCCUGUUGGGAGAAGUUGCCCUUGGAAACGUGUAUGAACUGAAACACGCUUCGCAUAUCAGCAAGUUACCCAAGGGCAAGCACAGUGUCAAAGGUUUAGGCAAAACUACCCCUGACCCAUCGGCUAGUAUUACUAUGGAUGGUGUGGAGGUGCCUCUCGGGACAGGGAUUUCAUCUGGUGUUAAUGACACCUGUCUGCUGUAUAACGAGUACAUCGUCUACGACAUUGCUCAGGUGCACCUGAAGUACCUGCUGAAGCUGAAGUUCAACUUUAAGACAUCCCUGUGGUGAGCUGUGAGGUGUGCAGGCUGGUG